UUCUUGCAGCAGUGUGUUCGCUAAAUGGCUAGUGGACCGAGUGUCCAGCUCGGUAUGCGUCAUUCAUCCAAGUCUGUUAGUUUUUAGGGUUUUUGUGUGUGUAUGUAAGUAGUAAUUUUGGUGUUUUGUAGCCUAAAGGUGGCUGUAGUUUGAUGAGCGGGUUUGCUGCUAGUUGGCUAAUCACCUAGCUCUGUUUGGACGCUUAUGGUGGUGAAGCUUUUCCCGAUUCCCUGCUGCUCCGAGUGUGGUGUUAUAACCACAGUAGGCUGGACGGGUGUAGGAUUAUAUAACCAGCUAAUACUUCGUGAAUAAGUAGUGCUGACUAAAGGUUAGUUGUAUUAAUGUUGUUUGUCCUACUUUGGGCUGAGUGAGCGGACUGAGUGAGUGAGCUGUUUACUGCAGCACUAAACCACUUCACUCAACAGAGUUCACACGGAUAAACACUUUAAUACAAUUCCUUCCUGUCCUGUUUCCUAGUGUAAUAUCUGACGUUUUAACAUGUUAGAAUUUUAGGUCAAAUAAAACUCAAAGGCUCUGUUGUGACCCUAGCAUAAUUGUGUAUCCAGCUUGUGGGAAUGUAAAACAAGCAAAUAAACAAGAGCUAAAAAUACAGGCAACGUUAGUAAAAGAAAAUGUUCCCAUUCCCAUAUACCCUCCCCCAGUUAUAAACAAAGGGUUUUAAAGUGUAGUUUUGGCCUGUGUGGUUGGAGAGGAAGUCGAGGAGGAGCCUGAGUGUGAAACCUGAGUCCGUGAGCUGAGGGUCCGGAUCGGUUCUGGAGGGAAGUGGACUUGUACAUUCUUUCUGCCAGCAUUUACACUGCACGCACACACACAAACAGCACCUGAUUUUUGUCUGCCUCGUGUUGGGAGCUGGUUAGGAAAUAAACGCGAUUAGUUCACACACUCCGAGUCCGACUUCAUCAGCUGCAGAUUAGAAAGCUGUGCUGGAGGCAGGCUGUGAGGAACAUGGCGACCCAGUCUGAUCUGAUGGAGCUUGACAUGGCGAUGGAGCCAGACCGUAAAGCUGCAGUUAGUAACUGGCAGCAACAAUCCUACCUGGACUCGGGUAUCCACUCUGGAGCAACUACCACUGCUCCCUCCCUCAGUGGCAAGGGCAAUCCAGAUGAUGAGGAUGUGGACAACCAGGUGCUGUAUGAAUGGGAGCAAGGGUUCAACCAGAACUUCAGCCAAGACCAAGUGGCAGACAUCGAUGGCCAGUAUGCCAUGACCAGAGCCCAGAGAGUGAGGGCAGCUAUGUUUCCAGAAACACUUGAUGAGGGCAUGCAGAUUCCUUCCACACAGUUUGACAGUGCAACCCCUACCAAUGUGCAGCGCCUUGCUGAACCCUCACAGAUGCUCAAGCAUGCUGUGGUCAAUCUCAUCAAUUAUCAGGAUGAUGCAGAACUGGCUACACGAGCUAUUCCAGAACUCACAAAGCUACUAAAUGAUGAGGAUCAGGUUGUGGUAAAUAAGGCAGCAGUUAUGGUGCAUCAGCUCUCCAAGAAAGAGGCUUCACGCCAUGCUAUCAUGCGCUCUCCGCAAAUGGUGUCGGCCAUUGUGAGGACUAUGCAGAACACCAGUGAUGUGGAGACAGCCCGAUGCACAGCUGGCACUCUUCACAAUCUCUCCCACCAUAGAGAAGGGUUGCUUGCUAUCUUCAAAUCAGGGGGCAUCCCAGCUCUCGUCAAAAUGCUGGGCUCUCCAGUGGACUCUGUAUUGUUCUAUGCCAUCACGACUCUCCAUAACCUGCUGCUGCACCAGGAGGGAGCCAAAAUGGCUGUGCGUCUGGCUGGAGGCUUACAGAAGAUGGUGGCAUUGUUGAACAAAACCAAUGUAAAAUUCCUUGCCAUCACAACAGACUGCCUUCAGAUCUUGGCUUAUGGCAAUCAAGAAAGCAAACUCAUCAUCCUGGCCAGUGGAGGCCCCCAGGCUCUGGUCAACAUCAUGAGGACAUAUACAUACGAGAAGUUGCUGUGGACCACUAGCCGUGUGCUAAAAGUACUCUCUGUAUGUUCCAGUAACAAACCUGCUAUUGUUGAGGCUGGUGGUAUGCAAGCACUGGGUCUCCACCUUACAGAUCCAAGCCAGCGACUGGUUCAGAAUUGUCUAUGGACUCUCAGGAACCUGUCAGAUGCUGCCACCAAACAGACCUCCUUAGCUGAAGUAGAUGUGAUGCAGGAGGGCAUGGAGGGCCUGUUGGGCACUCUGGUACAGCUUUUAGGUUCUGAUGACAUCAACGUGGUGACCUGUGCUGCUGGUAUACUGUCCAACCUUACCUGUAACAACUACAAGAACAAAAUGAUGGUGUGCCAGGUGGGUGGCAUUGAGGCACUAGUGCGUACGGUCCUGCGUGCUGGAGACCGGGAGGACAUCACUGAGCCUGCGAUCUGUGCCCUUCGCCACCUCACCUCCAGACACCAGGAUGCUGAAAUGGCCCAGAAUGCAGUACGGCUACACUAUGGGCUGCCAGUGGUGGUUAAACUUCUCCACCCCCCUUCACAUUGGCCUCUUAUAAAGGCUACAGUCGGUCUUAUCCGUAAUCUGGCUCUGUGCCCUGCCAACCAUGCACCUCUUAGAGAACAAGGUGCCAUCCCUCGAUUGGUCCAGCUGCUUGUCAGAGCCCACCAAGAUACCCAGAGACGCACUUCCAUGGGAGGUACACAGCAACAGUUUGUGGAGGGAGUUCGUAUGGAGGAGAUUGUAGAGGGCUGCACUGGAGCACUGCACAUUCUUGCACGAGAUAUUCAUAACAGGAUUGUCAUCAGAGGACUCAACACCAUUCCACUUUUUGUCCAGCUGCUGUACUCGCCUAUUGAGAACAUCCAGCGUGUAGCUGCAGGUGUCCUGUGUGAGUUAGCCCAGGAUAAGGAGGCAGCUGAGGCCAUUGAGGCAGAGGGAGCAACUGCGCCGCUCACAGAGUUGCUUCACUCCCGAAAUGAAGGCGUUGCCACAUAUGCUGCAGCAGUGCUGUUCCGCAUGUCAGAGGAUAAACCCCAGGACUAUAAGAAGCGACUGUCUGUGGAGCUCACCAGCUCCCUGUUCAGGACUGAGCCCAUGACCUGGAAUGAGACUGGAGACCUGGGUCUGGAUAUUGGAGCACAAGGAGAGCCUCUUGGCUACAGACCAGAUGACCCCAGCUACCGCUCCUACCACCCUGGAGGGUAUGGGCAAGAUGCCAUGGGCAUGGACCCCAUGAUGGAGCAUGAUAUGGGUGGGCACCACCCUGGCACAGACUACCCUGUAGAUGGCCUUCCUGACCUUGGGCACACCCAGGACCUGAUGGAUGGCCUUCCUCCAGGCGAUAGCAAUCAGCUCGCUUGGUUUGAUACUGAUUUGUAAAUAAAGAACUUUUUAGCUGUAUUGUCUGAUCUGAACGAACCUGCAUUGUGAUUUGGCCUUGAAGAGUUGCUGAGCGGUCUCAAGAGUGGGCUAGUUUCUCUGGAAGUGCCUGACACUAAUACAAGCUGAGUUUCCUAUGGGAACACGAGCAAGUAAAAAUUUUUUUUUGUGUUCUGGUCCUCACUGGUGGGAGUUUUAACCGCAAAGGAGUUUUGGUGGGCGGGUUACUCAAAGAAGGCUCAAGAAGUGGAUCAUAAAAUGGAAUUUUAAACCUUAGCCUUGCCUGUAUUUUUUUUCCCCCCUUUUACAUUUUUUUAAAAAAAGAUUCUGUAGUCUAAUGGUACUUAAUUAGCUUGCUUUGACACGUCUUUUAUUUUGCAGUAACUUUUGUAUUCUUUUCAAAACUCUUGCAUAGUGUUAAAUUAUAGUGGUAAUCCUUCAUCAAUUAAGAUUUUAUCGAGUUUAUGGUGUAGAACACUAAUUGAAUUGUACUCUGAUCAAGUGUAACAUUGUGUAGCUUUUGUAUAAAACCAAGAAUGGAAAAUGGUCCAAAACCCAGCUUUCUUGCUUUAACAAGAUCACGGUUUCCAAUGUUGCAAAUGGGUCUACAAUUGAGGGGGGCAGUUCUUUUUAAGUUCUCCUUUUUUUGAUGGUAGCUGUAGAAGGUUUUGAAAUGAACCCCUUAUUGUAGCCUGCUGUUUAUUGGAGACAUGGUUAUGACGUGGCUAAAUAAAAUAAUGGACAAACUUCA